CAGGUGAUGAAGAAAGAGCGGAACCUCACAUCAAACAAGUUUAUUUCCGACAGUUCCUCCCUGUCUCUCCUAAGGUGCAAUUUGACUUGGUGGUGGCAGCCUUCACUCUGUCGGAGCUCCUGAAUGUGAAGGAGCGAGAGGACACGGUGUUAACUCUGUGGAGGAAGACCAGCUCCUACCUGGUGCUGGUGGAAAAUGGGACUAAAGAGGGCCAUCAGAUGCUUAUGGAGGCCAGAGACACGUUAUUGAAGAAACAAGACAAGAUUGUCCAUGACAUCAGACCAGCAGCAGUGUUUGCUCCGUGUCCUCACGAGCGGACCUGUCCUAAACUGGCCUCUGCGAUCACCACACCCUGCAACUUCAAUCAGAUGUACCAACCUCUGCCUAUGCCCGGGCGCAAUGAGCGGCAGACGGAGAAGUUCAGCUACCUGAUUCUGGCUCGGACAGAGCUGGGGGGCACAGAGCCUGAAAGCGUGGAUUGGGGCAGGCUGAUCUCUCCGGUGAAGCGCAGAACGAGACACGUGCACUGUCGGAUGUGCUGCCCUGAUGGAAAACUUCAACACCUGGUGGUGACGGCACGGAAACAGAGCAGAGACGUGUACCGCUGCGCCCGGAGCAGCGACUGGGGAGAUCGACUGCCGAUGCUUCAGGGAGACAAUGAGGACGCAGAGAGUGAUUCAGAGCGAUGAUUCAGCGACAAAGAGACUCAAACUUUAUACUUUUGUAACAAUGGAAACACUCAGAAAUUGUUGAAGAAAGACUCAGAAAUCAGCUUUUAGUUGUACGGAACAUGUGCGUUUCCUCACUGACUGACUCAUUUGACAACCUCUGACUACUUUAAUAAAGAAAUCACAACAUAC